AGCUGACACCCGACACCCCUAAGCACACCCACACUCGCUCUUCCACUCGGCUGCACUCACAAAUAGAUCCCUUCGGCCGGGAGAACACGCAGUCUGCUUUCCAACAGGAACGCCAGAGGAGCCACAAACAGCAUGUCGGACCAGUCGGCCUUCGACACGGACGUAUGGACCCUGACCCGGUUCGUCAUGGAGACCGGGCGGCAGGCGAAGGGGGCGACGGGUGAACUGACGCAGCUCAUCAACGCCAUGCUGACUGCCAUCAAAGCCAUCUCCUCUGCUGUGAGGAAGGCAGGUCUGGCCCACCUGCAGGGCAUGGCCGGCUCUGUGAACGUGACGGGGGAUGAUGUGAAGAAGCUGGACGUGCUGUCUAAUGACCUGGUGAUCAACAUGCUGCGGGCUUCCUACAGCACCUGCUGCAUGGUGUCUGAGGAGAACAAGGAGCUCAUCAUCACUCCCAAGGAUAAGAGGGGGAAGUAUGUGGUCUGUUUUGACCCUCUGGACGGCUCCAGUAACAUCGACUGCUUGGCUUCUAUCGGCACCAUAUUCGCCAUCUACAAACGACUAUCAGACGGGGAGCCCACAGAGAAAGACGCCCUGCAGCCGGGUAAUAGCAUCGUGUGUGCCGGCUACGCCCUCUACGGCAGCGCCACCCUCGUAGCCCUCAGCACCGGCGCCGGCCUCAACUUCUUCAUGUUGGACCCAGCCAUUGGCGAGUUCAUUCUGACUGAGAGGAACGUGAAGAUCAAGCAAAAAGGGAAGAUCUACAGUCUUAAUGAGGGCUACGCAAAAUACUUCCAUCCCUCCAUCAAUGAAUACCUCAAACACAAGAAGUACCCUGAGGAUGGUAGUUCCCCCUAUGGAGCUCGAUAUGUCGGCUCUAUGGUCUCAGACGUUCAUCGCACCAUCGCUUAUGGAGGAAUCUUCAUGUAUCCGGCCAAUGAGAAGAGCCCCAAGGGAAAGCUGCGGCUGCUGUACGAGUGCAACCCCAUCGCCUUCCUCAUCGAGCAGGCGGGCGGCCUCGCCACCACCGGCACCCAGAGGAUCCUGGACGUCCAGCCGGAGGCGCUCCACCAGCGGGUUCCCUUUGUGGUCGGAUCCGCAGACGACGUCAACGAGUUCCUGUCCUUUGUCAAGAAGUUCCCCUGAAGCUGCAGCAGCUUCGUUUCACUUCAGGAACACCAAGAUUCUCACACUUACAAGAAACUGUUGUUUACAUCAAGAGUUACCCAAGCUUGUUAUGUUCAAUCACAACCUCGAACAAACUGCAACAUUUAUAAUCAUUAAAUAUCAGCUUUCCAAAACAAACGCUUCUGAUUUUGUUUCAUCCAUUUUUAGAAAGUUGAGCAACAGAAUUUGAACAAAAUGUCUCGAAGAGCUGAGAUUUUGAUGAAUUUGCUGAAUUUUGUUACAUAUAAGCAUUAAUUUGACACGGGGAAGAGGAAAAAUACAGUGUUUUUAAUCACAAUCUUACAUUUUUGAGUUGUUAUUGAUUCAGAUAUGAUGAGAUUCUCAUUUUGUGCUUCUUAAAAAGCUGGACCUCCUCGAUAAAGGACAUUUUCAACAGGUAAUUGACUUCUGAAAUGUUAUUUAAUGAUUGAAAUCUUAUAUUUUGCUGCUGUAGGAAUUUUUUACAUGUAUAUUAACAGGCUACAGUCUUAUUUAUGGAUCAAAUCAGCAAAACAAGCAAAUAAAAACAUAUUUCUUCUUAUCUUUA